ACUGACCUGGACGAGCCACCGCAGAUCUGGCACGGCCUCGGCGACAGCUUCGACGCGCCCGGCCUUCUGGGUCUCAAGGAGGACCUCGAGGGCAGGCCAGCACUCAAGGGUGUCUUUGUCCACAUCAUUCAGAUCGGCGAGGACGGUCCAGCCGACCAACGCGCCACGUUCUUCGGCUCGGCCAACGACCAGAUCGCGCACGUGUGCGCCCAGCUCGGCGACCUCCCGCAGCUCGUCGACCCGGUCCUAAACCCGUCAGGCCAGUUUGACGCGGUCGGCUUCUCGCAGGGCGGCCAGCUCUUGCGGGCGGUCGUCGAGCGCUGUGGCGCCGUCGGGAGGGGCGUCGCGAGCCCUGGUGCGACGAUGAGGAGGCUCGUCACGGUCGGCAGUCAGCAUAUGGGCAUCUCGUCCCUCCCUCCCUGCCCGCCCGACUCGGGCCUGCUCUCACCCUGCAGGCUCAUGCACCUGUCGCUCGUCCGCUCGGGCAUCUACACGUCGUGGGCCCAGCACAACAUCGUCCCCGCGCAGUACUUUCGCGACCCGGAGCGCAUCGACGAGUACCUCUCGGUCAACGACUUCCUGCGCGACAUCAACAACGAGCGCGAGGGCGAUGAGCAGCCGAGGAACGCGACGUACAGCAAGAACCUGGCUGCGCUCGACCAGCUCGUCCUCAUCCGCUUCAGCGACGACAUGACGGUCAUUCCUCCCCAAUCCGCCCACUUCACCCUCCCCUCGCCCAACGACACCUCGACCUGCCCUCUCCCGCCGCUCCCUCCCGUCCCAGGCUGCUACGCCGACCCGCUCCCGUGGUCCCUCCUCCCGCUGUACAGCCACGACUGGGUCGGCCUGCGCGCACUCGACGAGCGCGGCAGGGUCGACAGGCGCGUGUGCGACGGCGUCCACAUGGAGAUCAGCGACGAGUGCUGGGACGACAUCGUGUCCGUGCUUGUUGGCGAGCAGGAGCAGCGGCGGGAGCGCGUCGGGCAGGACGACGGCCGGGACGGCGAGAGUGGGAGGCGCGAACAGCCGAAGCUCGUGCUCCAGCUGUAG